AUGUGGGAAUACUUCUUCAUCAGAGUUUUUUUUGGGCUCAUCUGGAGCAAUUUUGCACUUGUGCCCGUGCUGUGUCGAAGUUCUUCUAGCAUUUCAAACGCUUCGAAGUUAACAGGACCGAUGGAGCUCUGUUUGAGGAGAUGUAGCAUCAUCUUUCAAGCCAAUGACGCAGAACUAUCAGGCGAAAAGGUAAUUAGAAAUUCAAACAUUUGGAACGAUGUUUAGUUUAGCUCAAUGACAAAUUAAUCGUAAAAAGCAAUAGGCAAGAUUACAAAAGAAAUUCCCUUGUGCAAUGUUAUAUUCAUUCCCAAUCAUUCGGCCUUCUUUCCGACGAAUUGUGGCUCUAGAUGUUCAGAUGGGAUAUCAAACCUCACUUAUAACGGUAUGAGAAAGGCGCAAUAUUUCAAAUUUCAUCUUGGUUCUAAAGAAAAAUGUACAGAAACCCGCCCUAACCCGCCUUUUCAAUGAAAAUAUCAGAUCAGUUUCUAAAGAAGGAAUGCUGAGGGCAGAUUUCGGAAGUAGACACCUUCCCUUUUGAAAGGCAAAUAUCAGAAGACCCUUAAGGUUAAUUAAGGAGCAUAGGAAUCUUAACCUCUUCAAGAGGUUAUGAUUCCUAUGCUCCUCAUGAAGAGUGCUCGUAAAACAGCUUCACUGAAGCUGUUUUACGAGCACUCUUCAUGAGUCAUUACUUUCAAGGCACGGGAAUUUACUCACGCGAUGCAUUUGCGCUAAGUCGAGUUCAGGACGACCGUGAACAGAAAUUAUCAACUGUCUGCCCUUCUUACCACAAAGCAUUUCAACUUGGCUUCUAGCAAACUUGUAUGCAUACAAAAAUGUGUUAUCUUGAUUUAGACCAGCCAGCUCUGUCUUGAGCGUUUUAUUUCCAAACCACAAAAUUUCUCGAAGGAUGGUUAUGUAAUCAUUUCCUACAUGCAUCUAUUCCAACAGGAAGGCGCCUUCUUUGUCUUGUUACUGUGGUCUUUCUCAAUUCUUGCCUUUGUGAACAAGGAGGUUAUAUUGUUCAGGUUAUAGAUAUGUUAAUAGUUCUUUGUUUUGGAGCGGGCUUAAACACCCUUAAUUAUUUCUAUUGAUUUAUGCCACCAGCAUAUAUCUUUCUGAACUUGAAAUAGUUUAUUAGAUGGUGCAACGGGACGUUUUUUCUCGUUUUAAGCUUUUCUGUUAAAUAUUUGGGACCGACAAAUCGAUGUUAAGCUGAGUUUUGUGAUGUAGCGCGUUCAUUCUCUCAACACUCCAGAGGUUUAUGAGUUCCAUAUUGAAGUGUAGUUUUGCCAUUCUAAGAAGGAAAACGAUGGAUUGCAAAUUAUUUCAUUUUGACUUGAUAGAACCCCAGGUUAUAUAAGGUUAAUACUUGUUUUGAUAAUUUUGUUUUGCUUCCUUAUCUUUACGUUUUUCUCUUCGGUUUCUCAUAAAUACAUGUAUUACAAUUUGUGUACUCUUUCUGUCGUUGUUGCCGGUUUCAUUGUUUUGAAAUAACGUUGCCUACCUUCUGAAUUUAGAGUGCUUUUAGACUGAAUGGAAAGGUAAAACAGAGCAUAAUUACUUUUUCAAUCAUAACCGGUUAACACAGUACUCUAUCUUCUAUAAGACUUACGGGUUUCAGUCUACAUUCUCUCUAUAUUAAGUUACAAAGAGUGACGUAGUAACAGAUGAAGGAGUGGUACAAAGCCGGUGACAUGUAUGAUAAAAACGGGAAUCAAGAAUUGAAAGGGAAAUAAUAUUUUAAAACACUCUUGAAAAAUUACCUUAAUCUUGUACAUCACGAGUUCCUGUCCUGGUGUUUUAAGCAAAUAUGAGAAGUUAAUCCAUAAAACAGGAAAAGGUAAAGAAGAGAGAGAAGAAAAGCCGCAGAUAACCUCGGUGAAUCUUGGAAUUUCUAAUGUCUAGGGCGUCUACUGCGUAGAAUACCAACUGAAUAUUAAAACGGGCUCUUUGGAACGGAUAUGGUGGAACUACAUCCUGUACAGAGUGGCGUGACAUUAGCACGGUUGAUAUUUCUAUCCAAUGUAUGAAUUUAAAGCAUAAUUUCUGUAACAAAGACCGGCGUGAUUAAAUGACAAACAAACUGGAAGUACAUUGAGUGCAAAGGAAAAUAUUAUAGUAAGUUUCCUUCAGACAUAGUUUGAAGCUACACUGGUUUGCAGAUUUAAUGAAUGUAACCGAAGAAGUUACAAUUCAUAGACCCAACGUUUCGACACUCCUGUCUAGUGCCUUCAUCAGGGGUGAUCUAAACGCUGCAACAAGAGGUCCUUUUAUAUGAUCACUAAUUAGCGGCCUUUUUUCUGACGAGGUGUAAAUAAGCGUCAGGAAGCAGACCGCCAUCGUCACGAUUUAAAGGAGCGUGGGCGGAGUUAAUGUGCCAAGCCUCCAAACAAAGGCGCUGGUGGUAACGCCGAUUAGUGGUAAUAAUUUUAGAAUUAUCCCACCCAAUUGUAUGGUUGGUUAGGCAAGUAUGCUCCGAUAAAGCUGAAUUUUCCUUUUUGCAAAGAAAAACCGCUUUUUGGUGCUCUUUUAACCGUGUACCAAACUGGCGUUUGGUCUGUCCGAUGUAUUCGUUGUCACAGUCAUUGCAAGGAAUAGAAUAAAUGGCGUCGGUUCGUUGUUCUUUCGUGACAGGAUCCUUAGGUUUGGCGAAAUAUGCCCCAAAGUCUGAAAAGGUUUUUGAGCAACUUUAACGUUGUGGCUAUUCAAAAUUCUCUUGAUGGGUUCAGUAACACCCUGUAUGUAAGGAAUAACAGCAAAACCAGUCGCUGGUUCCCUUUCAUCAAGAGCGUUACUAUUUGUAACUGAUUUUUGGUUGUUACGGAGAAAAGUUUUUGUAUAGCCAUUUGCCUUUAGGACAUUGGAAACAUAUUUCCUCUCCUCAGCCUUCGAAUCGAGUGACGAUGGUAGACAAUCAGCCCUCCUAAGUAAAGUUUUGGCUACAGACUUCUUAUGGCAAAUAGGAUGGUGAGAAUCGAAAGCGAGGUAUUUGUCGGUGUGGGUGGGUUUACGGUAGACACUUGUCUCUAAAUUACCCUGAACCCCUCUGGACACAUUUAAAUCAAGAAAGGGCAAAUGUCCAUCCUUUUCACGUUCAAGGGUGAAUUGGAUAGACAGCUCUACUGAAUUCAAAUGCGACAAGAGGCGCUCCGCUUCAUUUCCGGAUACCGCAGAAAUAACAUCAUCGACAUAUCGUUUCCAGAAAAAGGGUUUAACCGGUGAAGUGGCUAAGGCCCUUUGUUCCACGUCUUCCAUCACCAUGUUAGCAAUGACAGCAGAAACAGGCGAACCCAUAGCUGUACCAAAAACUUGUUGAUAGUAUGUGCCAAUGUUUUAAGACUUUAGAUUAUUGGUUGACUGACAAAAAACAACACUGAGAUGAUAACAUUUGCAAUGUAAAUAAAAAAGAUCUGUUUCAGCCCCCAAAAUAGGACCGUUUCGUUGAUAUUUAACUUGAAAACACAAAUAAAGAAACAAACACAUGUACACAAACACAAACAUCGGCUUCAAUUCGAAUAACAGGAUUACGAGAUGAGGCACCUGUAUAUCGUGAACACUGAAGUUCAAUAAGAAAUAAUUUUCCACUUGAGAUUAGGAGCGAAAUCUGCAAUCAGGUGUAAGAAAAAGAAACAACAACAACAAUGUAUUUAAAAUUACCAAUUAAUGAAAAAAGAGAAAACUUUUAAUUUUUGGAGGAAAUAUUGCAUCAGCUUUACCUAAAAUCACUAAGUGGCCAAAGAUUCCUAGAUAUUUGACUGUAGGCAGAGACAAAGAAUAACUGAAAGAGCUCUACUAUUGUAUCGAUGAUGUUUACAUGUAUGAGUGUAGGUAAGUGCUGUAAAGACAUUUUUCUUUUUAUCAUUUUUGACUGGAGUGUGUCGUUUUCUUCUCCUAUUCUCGAUAUUGCUCUCAUUCUUGCAUUUACGAGGUAGCAUUUAGAGUGAUCUAAGCCUUAAGCCUAAGCCUCUAAUGAAUACAUGUACACGCACUGGUACUGUAUUUCGCGGUAGAGUGAUUUUGUUGAAAGCGUAAUAUUUAAAACGGAAUGCAAGUCUCGUGAUAUAACUAGAGGGCUAAGGUUCUUUUUUCAGCCAAUUGUGAUUUUGGUGUAUCUUACAGGUACCAGUGGAUCAUUUCUGUUACGUAAAGUGCAUUGAAAAGGAAGGUAUGAAUUUUGUUAAAACAAAUUGGUGGCAAACUCUCAAGCGUUAACUUAUUAAAAUAGACAAAAUCUUCGUGUAUUUUUUUGUGUAACCACCCUUAGCUAAGAAAACAAUUUCAAUCUAUUUUUUUUACUUGACUUUCUCAUUACUUUUGCGUUCCCUCGGUCAGUUAAUAGGUCAAUGAAUAAGCUGGUGUUCAAACGGUCAAUCUGACCUUCAGUCGGUCGAUCAAUCAGAUGAUCAGACAAACAGUUUAAGAGCCAGUCCAACAAACGAGUUGUUUGUCAGAAAAUCACGAGUCAGUCAGACGAUCUGCUGUUCAUUGAUAGCUCAGUGGCUCGUGAUCAGUCAUCGGGUAACAAUGUUUGCAUGAAGGUAUCUUGCAAAAUUCUGUUUUUGCCAUCCCUAUUGAGGAUCGAACGUUGGGUGAGGAAGUAAUGAUGUUUUCCUUAUAUGAAUCGGCUUUAGCUUUACUUUCAUCAACCAUCAGUUUACUCACGAAACGCAUUUAGGACGUUUAUGUGAAUGGAACCUCUCAGUUAGUUGUAGGGAAUACAUAUCAUAUAUAAUUUACCUUAAGACUCUUUAACUUAAAAACAUUUUACUUCUCCUUGAAGCGCUCUUGCAUUUAUUGUUUAAACAUGUCCAUGUAUAUACUUUCCUCUCGCUAAUAGGGAAACAGCAUUCUCCUAUGAACGAGCGACGCCGCCUGGUUACUGUACAAAACACGUCGUCAAUUAUGAGAAUCAAACGAGGUAAUUAAAUUAAUAUACAUAUGAACACAUGACAGGAAUGGACUGUGAAUUUGACUUAAUAUUUUGGUAAAUACCCGAGGGUACCUGAUUCCCGUUAAAUGUUGGCCGGAUUCUUCUAUUUAAAACUUGAGUGCACUUCUUAAGCUUUCCAAGACGCCUUCAACAGAAGUCUUUACGUUUUAAAUAUAUCUCAAUUGCAAUAUCUGAAAUCCUUAUUGGUAUUUUAUAAUUAAUUUGGAGGAGAAAUUUCAAUUGAACAAAGAAGGUCACUAGAGAAAUGGAAAAAACUACAACAAAAAAAACCACGAUGAGAACAAACAUAGCAACUAAAAGUAAUAAUCAAUUCUACAACAGACCAAUAGUUUCUUAUUCGUCCCAUGAUUCAUUUAUCAGUGCAUGGUAAUUAGAUUAGCUGUAGACUAAUUCAGCUGUUUUGAGUCUUGAGCCUCUUCGGUUAAGAUAAAUGAAAAAAGUUGUAGUUGUUUAUGAUAUUUAUGUCAAUUGUUUUUUUUACUCUAUUACCUUUUUUCAUUUUGUCAUUAUUUUCAGAUGUUCCUAACAGCCAAAGGAAUCAGACAUCCUUAAACACAUCAGGUAUAGUAAAAAUGUGUGAGCGAAAUAUUUCAUUAUAGCAACGUUUUCGGUUAAAAACUGUGCGCGACAAAUGCGAGACUGAAAUUUCCACUUUAGCUCCGUGAUACUUGCACGUGUAUAUUUCACUCCUCAAAUGCACAACAAAAUUAGCAAAGUGAAACAGUGAAGAUGAAAUCAAUUUGUUAUCUCUCGAUGCAGUUGUCAGCGAACGAAUUAAGCCGACGUAUCCCAGCGGAGAAGAAUAUCCCGGUAAGUCUGAAACAGAAUGAUUAUAUAUACUAAACAGACAAGGGUUCAGUGAUCAAUAACGUUCUUUUACCUGCUUUACACACAACCAUACAAACAAACCGCAACUCAACCUCAGGGGCCCAAUCAUCAACAGCCUUGUAUAGUAAUUCUUUCCAUAGCCUUAUCACAGCCACUGAUGUUUCUGGACGCAAAAAACUCUUCAAUUUGUCUGGAAGUACACUUGGGAUAAUUUUUUUUGUCUGCUCCAAGUAGCUCGUCCAGUCAUAUUUUCCACUGGCCUUUUUCUCUCCUCUUCGAGAGUCUUAGUUUGCUUCGCCACUCUUGUAUUCCAUCUUUCAGACGUUCUAUUUCUUCGUAUAACUCUUUAACAGAUUUCGUUUGACCCUCAUGGAAGUGAAAUAUUUUCACUUUUUCAUCUAAAUCUUUUCUUGCCCUUUCCUUGGUUUUCUUGUAUAAUUGCACAGCAGCGUGAGCCAAUUCCAUCAAGUGGUUGCUAAUUUUUUGCCUUAAAGCUUGAUUAUCCGUAAUAGCGAACAUCCUGUAAAGUACAGAGUACUCUAGAAGAUCCAUAUAUUCUUCUUUUCUACUACCCUGGGAUGAAUCGGCUUGUUCAGUUUCACUUCCCGUUGCCGAAUUUGGACCGGAAGUUCCCCCACGAUCGGAAGCUUGUUCAUUUACGACUUUUUGCCAAUCCUUAGGAAGUGGCAGUAGAAUUUCCACAGAAAAAAAUGAUUUUCCUCUCGUUCACUUCAGCUGAAUAACGAAUUUCUGGUCGGCUGA